CGGCCGAUUUUAGCUUGGCUUCUCGAAAGCAGACAAUAUAUAUAAAGCUGUUCACGGCAGUUUUACGGGAGAUGGGCAGGAAUAUCAAGCAGAGUUAACAGACUGUGAGACAGUAUGAAAAGAUACAUUUUUACCGCAAGCCUGGUGAUUGCUGCUUUGCUAGUAUGGGUUAACAACAUUAAAUCAUCUUGGAAAUACGAUUCAAAUACCAACCAAAGACACAAGGCUUUACGUGUUGCUGGCUUACCGAGCAAUCAAAAACAAGUUCAUCACAUCUUUUAUCUCAAAGUUCAUAAAGCCGGAAGUUCAACUGUGCAAAAUGUGUUUCUGCGGUACGGAAUAGACCGGAACUUGACGUUCGUUGUACCAAACAACAGUAGCGGAUACCGUAACGUAAUCAGUUGUACAGACACUGCAAUUCCCGGAUAUAAUAUCAUCCCUUCUCCCAAAGACAAACAUUUCGAAAUGUUGUGCUUUCAUGUUUUAUACAACAGAACUGCUCUUGAUAAAAUUUUGCCAAAUGAUACGAAGUAUGUUGCAAUUGUUCGUGAACCUUAUUUACAGUUUGAUUCUACACUUCGCUAUUUCAAACCCGUUUUUGGAGACGGUCAAAAUGUUAGAACCUUCCUAAAAAAUCCCCAUUUGUCCAAGAACCAAGACGUGAGAGGGUCAUUUACAAAUAACAGGAUGGCUUUUGAGUUUGAUUUUCCUGAAUCUCUGUUUAGAGACUUUAACUCACAUGAAAUUCAGGAGUAUUUAAAGAAACUAGAUGAAGAAUUUGAUGUGGUCCUCGUGAACGAAUACAUGGAAGAAUCAAUUGUUCUUUUACGAAGAAUAUUAAACUGGAAGGUCAAGGAUGUCAUAUUUUUGAUACUAAACAAAAACAACGUGGUACAUACAGUUGAUAAUACUGAAUUAGAGAAAAGACAAUUGUAUCGUCAAUAUGCGAAGCUUGACUAUGCUCUGUAUGAAUUUUUCUUUGAAAGACUGUGGCGGCAAAUAAAUAUCUUUGGACAGGAUAUAUUUAGAGAAAUUUCUUAUUUCAAGUCACUGAGAAGAACCGUGGAGAACUUUUGUUUAACCGAUUCCGGUCCGUUUAUCUUUGUACAGAACUCUACGUGGAGUGAGUCGUUUCGUGUAUCCAGGAAGGACUGUGAUGACAUGCUGCGACACGAAAAGGACUAUGUAGACAUGAUAUUGCCAAGACAGUAUAAAUGAAAUACGCAAAGGCAUAAUCAGUACAAUAUUAAUAUUUAGCAAAGACAUCUGACAACAUUUAACAUGUUAAGUUAUCUCGUGUUAAUACACACACACACACACACACACACACACACACACACACACACACACACACACACACACACACCGCCUAUCGGAUAAUAGUCUGUCCCAAGAUAUUUAUGCCGCACAUUUUGACGAUUUUUAAUAAAAAUACACUUACCUUUAAAAGAAGUGCAAUUGAAAUAGUUGAAAGGGAUAAAUUCCAAGAUAAUUUCAUUGACACAUUAUCAUCUUUUACUCGGAAAAAUUCAAAGGAACGAAAACAGAUUCCUUACGGAGAUUUAUAAUGGGGAAUGUUUACAUCUUUUCUUCAUUCGGAAUACACUCGGAAUACAUCGCGCAAUAUUUCAACGUUAUCA